CUAUACAGGGACGUGAUGCUGGAGAAUUAUGGGGCCGUGGCUUCCCUAGCAGCAUUUCCAUUUCCCAAACCGGCUCUGAUUUCCCAGCUGGAGCGAGGAGAAGCACCUAGGUGCUCGGCUCCUCAGGGAGCUCUGGAUGGAGAGGGCCCGAGGGGUAUCUCCUCAGGAAAUCCAUUUUUAAAGCCUACGGGGAUCUCCCACCCUAAGCAGGUCGAGCCACUGAACCUGCAACUGCGAGGAGAGUGUCCAAGCUUAGUGUGUGUGGACAGUAUGUUAAAAAGUGAGAAAGAAGAUUCUAUUCUGAAGGAGGAGGUUUUUAAGGAAGCACAGGAUCACAUGGUACUAUCAAGUGGACCCCAGUGGUGUGGCUCCAAGGGAUUCUGGCUUGGAAAGAUAUGUGAAGCAGAGAAGCACAGAUUAGGCAGAUGGCCUGACUUCCACAGAGGGAAAAUUGUGAAGAACAUUACAAAUGAUAUUAUAAAAGUGAUUGUCAAAGAUGAGAUGGUCUUAGUAGAAGAGAGUUCAGAGAAUACUGACGUUAAUACCCACCUUGUCAUAAAUCAGAAGACAAUAAGUAAGCAAGUGUUCUAUAUAUGUGAAGAAUGUGGUGAGUGUUUUGAUCAAAAUGAAGACUUUGGUCAACAUCAGAGAAUUCAUAAUGGAGAGAAGGUCUAUGAAUGUAAGGAAUGUGGGAAGACUUUUAGUUUUAGGUCACAGUGCACUGCACACCAGAGAAUUCAUACUGGAAUAAAACCCUAUGUUUGUCAAGAAUGUGCUAAAGCCUUCAUUUGGAAGUCAAACCUGAUUCGGCACCAGAGAAUACACACUGGAGAGAAACCAUUUAAAUGUAAGGAAUGUGGGAAGGGCUUUAGUCAGAACACAAGCCUUGUGCAACAUCAACGAAUACACACUGGGGAGAAACCCUACACUUGUAAGGAAUGUGGGAGAAGUUUUACUCGGAAUCUAGCCCUUCUUCGACAUCAGAGAAUCCACACAGGGGAGAAGCCUUAUGAAUGUAAAGACUGUGGAAAAGGCUUCAUGUGGAACUCAGAUCUUGCACAGCACCAGAGAGUCCACACUGGGGAGAAACCUCAUGAAUGUACUGACUGUGGGAAAAGCUUCAUUUGCAAGGCACACCUUAUCCGACAUCAGAGAAUUCAUACUGGGGAAAGACCCUAUAAAUGUAUUGACUGUGGGAAGGCCUUUAGUCAGAAUUCUGUUUUGAUUAAGCACCAGAGACGCCAUCCUAGAGAGAAACCCCAUAACUAUCAAACCUCUCACCUUCUUGAACACUAG